UGCUGCUACACCAGAAUGCUGGUCAGUAUCUGUCAGCCUCUUGUGCUGGUGACAUCACGGGUCAUUAUAUAGUCAGCUCUGGGCUUGCCCAGACAUGCCUACUAAUUAGUAUUUUCGCAAGCUACAGUUUUUUAGAACUCUGACACUGGGAAGCUGAGCGUACAGGUGUACUUGUGUUUCUGGAACACAGUGCAGGUGUUCUAAUCUCCGUGUGGGUGGAGUUUAGUGACGUCGACGCGAAUGUUCCUCUACUACGGCUACUUCAGAAAAUCCGCGGCGGAGAGGAUUUUUCAAAGACGUCUGCAAAACAACUUAGACCAACAAGAUCUGCUGACAGGACCGGACUAUCACAGGUGUGUCUGGAAGAGGAAACAGGAAGGAAAGGCAGAGCCGGAAGAGAGGACAGGACCACAGAGACCUCGUCGCAGCACAGGGCCUCUACGUUGCUUCCGUCAGCAAAGGAUAGGACAAAGACAUCAAAGAAGAGUGGCAUUCAGUAUCUGAUAUCACAAUGGUAGCACAAGCAAAGCCUGAUUAUGGAACCCACCACCGUAAUGCGUUACUUGCUACAAAUAGUACUGAAGUUGAAAUCUCACCAGGAGAAAACAUGCCAAGAAAGACAAUGCAGAAGAUGCAGCUCAAGCGAGAGCUGGGCCUGUUCAGUGCUGUCAAUCUUAUUGUUGGUGUUAUGAUAGGAUCUGGAAUCUUUGUGUCUCCUGCAAGUGCCCUCGAGAGAUCUGGGUCAGUGGGUCUGUGUCUCAUCAUAUGGGCUGUAUGUGGCAGUAUCUCCUUAUUGGGAGCAUUAGCAUUUGCAGAACUUGGAACAGUUGUUCCACGGUCUGGAGCAGAGUAUGCAUAUUUCCAGGAGGCUUAUGGAGGGCUGCACAGAUUCUGGGGUCCAUUGCCAAGUUUCAUAUGCUGCUGGGUGUAUGUUAUUAUACUGAGGCCAGCUGAAGUGGCUGUUAUAAUACUGACAUUCUCAGAGUAUAUCUGCCAACCAUUUGCUUACCAUAUAAAUUACAUGCCUGCAGAGUCUCAAGAAAUACUUAAGAAGAUCAUUGCACUUCUUGGCUUAGGUCUGUUGACAUACAUAAAUUUCAUCAGUGUGAAACUGUAUGUCCACGUACAGAAUAUAUUCACAUCUUGCAAGUUGUUUGCCUGCCUUGUAGUCAUCAUUGGAGGUCUUUAUGAACUGUGCAUUGGAAACACACAGAAUCUCACAAAAGGUUUUGGGGGCUCAACUACUUCUCCCAAAAAUUUAGCUCUUGCCUUCUACAGCGGUCUGUGGGCUUUUGAUGGUUGGUCAACUGUUACAUCUGUUACAGAAGAAGUGAAAAGACCAGAAGUAAAUAUUCCACGAAGCAUCAUGAUAGGAGUUCCUCUAGUAACUGCUGUGUACUUCAUGAUGAAUGUAGCUUAUAUGACAGUCCUCACCAUUCCAGAAAUGAUUGCAGCACCUGCAGUGGCUGUGAUUUUUGGUGAUAGAAUACUUGGAGUAAUGAACUUUAUCAUUCCUCUUGGUGUAGCACUGUCUACAUUUGGAUGCGCUUUAAGCAUCCAGUUCAGUGUCACAAGGUUGUGUUAUGUGGCUGGGAGAGAGGGCCACAUGGUAGAAGUGUUCUCCUACAUCCACAUGAGACGUCUAACUCCUGCUCCUGCAGUAGUUUCACAGGGUCUGUUGUCAUUCAUCUUCAUCAUUAUUGGUGAUAUUACUUCACUCAUUGACUUUGCCAGCUUCCUCAUUUGGAUUUUCUAUGGGGCAGCUAUGGUAGCACUCAUGCUUAUGAGGAGAACAAAGAAAGACGUCAAACGACCUUACAAGGUUCCAUUAUGGAUUCCAUUAUUCAUUAUCUUCAUAGCACUCUUCUUGUGCCUGGUGCCAAUCAUCACAGACCCAUCUCCGAGAUACUUCAUUGCUUUACUCUUCAUUGGAAUUGGAAUUGCAGUUUAUGUUCCUCUAGUCUAUUACAGGCAUCGACCUCAGUGGAUGGAUAAGUUUACCUACUUUAUACAAGUCCUCAUGGAGGUAGUGCCCAGCGAGCAAAGUUUUGACUAACACUUUAAUACUGAGAAUUUAUCAUCAAGACAGUUUAUGAUCAUGGAACUGAGCGCUCUUAUACAAAACUCGGGAAAUUUUGAAAUUCAAUGUGUACAACUGUGUGAAUAAAUCAAUAUUUCACAUGUAAACAAAACAUGCUUUAGAGUAACAAGUUCAAUGCAUGAAUAAUGUUAAAAUAAUUUAAAAGACUACUGUAUAUUGUAACUGGAAAAGGGGGGGGGGAGCUCCUGAGAAUUAUGUUGAGCUUGAAAUUUCUGCUGAAGUGACAACUUAAAAAAAAUAAAAGGAAAUAUUUUUA